UCUACAUGUUUUGAGCAGUCCUUUUAUGAAGUUUGCAUUUUGCUUUUAGCAUCUCCUCAUAUGAAGUAGGGACAUUUUCUUCCCUAGUUUCCAAAUAAUUUGUUUACGAGCAAAUUUACCGCACAUUUAGUUACACUGCAUGGGAGGUAAGAAUGGAUGGGAUCCGUAUUGUGAUGCUUUUGUGCUCAGUGUUAGAUGCAGGACUUUGUUCCAUUGAUUCUGGGGCUUGGAAGUCCUUCAGUGACUUUGCUGCAGGUUUUGGCUACCAGGUGGUUCAACGACAAUCAGGUUUGCUCAUCAGUGCCCCAUUUGAACAGUAUUCAAGUAAUGGAAGGGGACAAAUAUUCGAUUGCAUGAAUGAGUGUAAAGAACUACAUCUUCCAAAAGCUCCAGUCAACAUGUCUCUUGGUUUGGCGUUGGCAAUUGAUCCCACAACACAGAACACUUUGGCAUGUGGUCCAAGUAUUCCUAAAGACUGCAAAAGUAUCACUAUGUACAAUGGUUUGUGCUUUGAGAUAGACCCACAGAACAGAUUUGGAAACACAUAUCCAUCUUCCACUGAAGAGUGUAAAAACCAGGCAGAUAUUGCUUUUCUGCUGGAUGGCUCGGGUAGUGUGGCUGCAGAAGAUUUCAUAAAAAUGAAGGAUGUUGUGAAAAAGUUAAUUCGUUCAUUCCUGAAAAAUGAUACAGACGACAUACAGUUUUCCAUCACAGGGUUUUCAACAGAUGUCCAAAUUUAUUAUGACCUUGCUAAACUUCCUUCUGAAACCUGGGAAUCUCAUAUUGAUAAAAUAAAGCAAACUAUUGGUAAAACAGCAACAGCUACAGCCAUCAAAAAAGUUGUGGAAGAUGUCUUCUCACCAAAUAAAGGUUCCAGACCAAAUGUGAAGAAGAUUUUGAUAAUCAUUACAGAUGGAAAAUCUACUGACAGUGGCUUAGACGAAGCAAUAGAAUUAGCUGACAAGAAACACAUCACUCGAUUUGCAGUUGGGGUGGGAGAAGCGUUUGAUAAGGAGGAUGCAACUAAAGAGCUCAACCUGAUAGCAUCCAGUCCUCCGGAGAACUUUAUGUUUAAAGUUGAUAAUUUUAAAAAACUUGAAAAAAUUCAAGAGAAUUUGCAGGACAGGAUUUUUUCUAUAGAAGGGUCUAAAGCCAGUGGAGCCACACUGAAACUGGAAUUGUCUCAAGAGGGGUUCAGAACAGCUAUCGUUCCUGAGGGAAUUCAGAUGUCUAUUGUUGGUGCUAACCAAUGGAGAGGAGGCUACAAGAAACACUCACUUCAGAAUCCUGCAGGCAGUUUGUCAUAUGAACCAGAAGACAUAGAACCUGAUAGUUAUCUUGGUUAUUCCAUGGCAGUAGCUACAAGUGAAUCUGGCAUAUUGACAAUUCUUGGUGCUCCACGAUACAAACACAGAGGACUUGUGAGGAUUGUUUAUAAAGUAACAACCAAACAAGAAAUCCACCCCUAUCCAGAACAGAUUGGUGAAUAUUUUGGGGCAGAGGUUUGUGCCGUGGAUGUGAAUUCUGACAGCUACACAGAUCUAAUCCUCAUAUCUGCUCCCAUGUACAAAGACAACAACAGAGAAGGACGAGUUUAUGUUUGCUCAUUCAAUGGUCGGAUCGUCAACUGCCACUUUGAUUCUCCAUCACAACUAAUAAUACUGAAAGGGGAUCCAUUCCCAAAAGCAAGGUUUGGGUCUAGUCUUGCUGCUCUGCCUGAUCUAAAUGCAGAUGGAUUCAAUGAUCUGGUAGUUGGAGCUCCUCUGGAGAAUGAUGGCCAAGGUAGCAUCUACAUAUUCAAUGGAGAAGGAGGUGAAGGGAUCAAUCCUGCUUACUCACAAAGAAUUGCAGCCUCUGAAGUGAAAUCAGGACUAAAGUUCUUUGGUUUGUCGAUAAGUCCAUGGUCUUAUGAUCAGAGUGGUGACACACUGCCUGACUUAGCGGUGGGUUCAGUGGGAACCGUCGUCUUGCUCAGAUCUAGACCUUUAGUGAUGGUGGAUACCACUGUGACAUUCAGCCCAAAUGAAAUCCCAACUCAAAACCCAAACUGCUCAAAACCAUUGGAAAGUACAGCUACAAUCUGCUUUACCAUGAGGAGACUGUCUAGAGUCGAUACAGCUAAAGCACAGUUCAAUUACACUUUAACUCUGGAUGCGACUCGUAAGACUCCCAACAACCGAGCUUACAUCAUCAAGCAGAAACAGAGAGCCCAAAAUGGAUCUAUUAUUGUUGACUUGAAUGAACAAAAGUGCAUUGGUGUUGAUUUCUACAUCGAGUCCUGUCCCGAAGAUGCUCUCAAUCCGCUCAAAAAUGAACUCAGAUACACUUUUGAUGGUUUUCCUUCUAAAACAAAUCUCACACCAAGCAUCUCCCAGCAGGCUAAAACAGCAACGUUUCAUCCUAUUAGCUUUCAAAUCAGCUGUGGGGAUGACAAUAAGUGCGUAGAUGACCUAAAAGUGGAUUUUGAUUUCACCAGAUCCUCAGAGGUUAAAGUUGGCAUAGAUGAGCUUUUAAACGUGACCGUCUCAGUGGACAACAGCGGGGAAAACUCUUACAACAGCCACAUCAUUCUCACAUACCCAGUUGGACUCUCCUACAGGAAGUUUACAUCUCUACAAGGAAGAAUUGAGUGUAACUCCUUGGACAGUGAAGAUGGCGUCGUAAGAGGAAAGACAGACUGCAGUGUUGACAAACCUAUUUUCAAAAGCAACUCUAAGGCGAUCUUCAUCGUUUCUUAUGGGUUCAAUACCAGAACACCACUCAAUGACAAGAGAACAAUCUUUGUCACUGCAAAUGCUACAAGUGAUAAUCAGCAGCAUUCUUCAAGCAACGUCUAUAAGAAGAAGGAGAUUAAUCUGAAGUUCAGCAUUUUCAUAACAAUUGAAAGCUCUCUCAGCUAUAGGAACUUCACGUUUGGAAAAAAUGAUCUGCAAAAACCGUUCGAACAACUAAUAGAGGUCACUAAUAGUAUCAGGCCUCUGAAUUUCACCGAGGUAAUAAAAGUUCCCGUAAAACUCGGAGACAAAGACAUUUGGGUGGACAUGGACAGCUUGCAGAUUACAGACUGUGAUAGAACCGAAGACAAAGAACCCGUCGUCACAGAUUUUGCUGCACAGAUAAAGAAAACAAAAGCUGUGGACUGCUCUGUAGCCAGGUGCAGAGUGUUCAGGUGCAAAAGGUUCAUGGAAAAGAAUGAGAAACGAACACAUAAGAUCUCUGCAAACCUCAGCUCAGGGUGGAUAGAGCAGAUUGGACUCCCAUCUGCCAAACUGCUCUUGACCAGUAUGGCCAGUCUAGAAUACGAUGCAAACCAGUACAUCUUCUUCUCAACAGCCUCUAACUAUGCUCCUCCUGUUUGCAAGAUUGAGGCUGAGAUUGAAGUGUUUCCUGAACCAGAUUUCACCAAACAGAUCAUCGGAGGAUCUCUGGGAGGCUUGUUGCUUCUCAUUCUGCUCACCAUUGUCCUGUAUAAGGCUGGGUUUUUCAAGAGCAAAUACAACAAAAAAAUGGCCACAAAUGCAGAAGAGGCUGAACCAGCGAAUGCCUGAGGUUCACCCACAGAUGGAAAACAAAGAACACACACACACACACACACACACACACACACACACACACACACACACACACACACACACACACUCCACCUUUUCUUCGAUCUUUCCAUGUUAUCACUGCUGUGCUGAUGAUUUGCAGUUAGACAUUCCCUUCUCUACUGUCAGUAUUUACAGGCCUGUUCCUCUGAUGUUGGACCGCUUCCAGGAUUUCACACUGCAGUUUUAUGGUCUAAUGUCGAGUGGCAGUGCGAAGAUAAAUGAUCUAGACAUCUGGUUUGACCCAGUACCUUCUUUUCAUUCACACCUCAAGUAGGUAAAUAAAAUAGACGUUUUUAAGCUCAGGAAACUUGCUAGAAUCCAGUCAUUGAGAACACUGAAGUCCUGAAACAUGCAUUUGUCUCAUCUCGGUUGGACUAUUUUAAUGAUCUUUUCUCUGGUUGGCCUCAGAAAAGUGUUACAAUUGGUUCUGAAUGUGGCUGGCCACAUUCUUACAGAAAAAAAAACUCCUGUGGUAAAAUCUCUUUCCUUGUCCAGCUCAGGUGACUACAAGGUCUAUAUAGCCAACCUUCAUUCCUAUAUUCUGACUGGGGACUUGACGUCUCAGGACUGUCAACAAUUUCAAAUAUUAGACAAGCAUUCUUCUUUUGAGGUUUUUAAAAUAAAACUAGAGACCUUUGUGUUUUCUUGAUCUUUCAGCAGCUGAGUGGGUACUUAGAUAUAAUUUUUACUUUCAUAGAUAUUUUAGCAAUGCUGUUAAUUUGGAUGUUUUUAUUUGUAUUGUUUUUUUUAUCACUGUUUUUACCUGCCUUAUUUCAUAUGUUCAGUAUUUUGUAAAAAAGGGCAAUACAAAUAAAGUUUUAAUAAUUUA